AUGGAAAUGAAUCAGUGUGGUCAAACCCCAGGACUUUUACCUCCUCCUUACUUUUGGUGGGAAGGUGGUGGCAUGUUCAUGACAUUAAUAGAUUAUUGGCGCUAUACGGGAGACACCUCAUAUAACAAUCUCGUCUCUGAAGCGCUUCUCUUCCAAACCGGUCCAAUGGCUGAUUAUAUGCCUCAAAACCAAACCAAAGAUGAAGGAAAUGAUGAUCAAGGUUUUUGGGGAAUGGCAGCCAUGUUAGCUGCGGAAACAAAUUUUCAAAAUCCUCCUGCAGAUCAACCGCAAUGGCUUGCGUUAGCUCAAGCUGUCUUUAACGAAAUGGCUGGUCGUUGGGAUACUAGUACUUGUGGAGGUGGUUUAAGGUGGCAGAUUUUUCCGUUCAAUAAUGGUUACACAUAUAAGAAUUCUAUUGCGAAUGGAUGUUUUUUUAAUCUAGGCGCUAGAUUGGCUAGAUAUACGGGAAAUCAAACGUAUGCGGAUUGGGCAGAGAGGAUUUGGCAGUGGGAGCAGAGUGUAGGGUUGAUUGAUGGUGAGUAUAAUAUUUUCGAUGGGAGUAGUGAUGUGGAUAAUUGUGCGAGUGUGGAUCACUUGCAGUGGAGUUAUAAUGCGGGUAUUUACUUGCAUGGAGCGGCGAAUAUGUUUAAUUAUACCGAUGGUAAUUCAACCUGGCAACAACGCACCAACCAACUCAUGAACACCUCACUCAACAUUUUCGCCUCCCCCAAAACCAACUCCAUCAUCACCGAGCAAGCGUGCGAAAAAGCAAAUACUUGCGAUACAGACCAAUUAUCCUUCAAAGCCUAUUUCAUCACCUGGCUAGCCUCGACUGCCAUCCUCGCUCCCUUUACUUCGAAGACUCUUUUCCCGCUUCUGCAAAUUAGUGCUAAAGCUGCGGGUACUCAGUGCGCGGGUCCGAAUAAUGCGUGUGGGUUUAAGUGGACUGAUGAGAAAUAUGAUGGAAAUGUGGGGAUAGGACAGCAGAUGAGUGCGUUGGGUGCGAUUGUGAGUGCGAUGGUGGCGGUUCCCGGGGUGGAUAAUAAGGGGUUUGUGCCGGUUACUAAUGGGACUGGGGGGACGAGUAUUGGGGAUAGUAACGCGGGGAGUGGGGGUGGGAAUGUGGGUGGAAAUGGGAUGGGAGGGAGUGGGAGUGGGAGGGAAGAAGAGAGCUUGUUGGUUACGAGGGGGGAUAGGGUUGGUGCGGGGUUUGCGACGUUGGCGGUUUUGUUGAGUUUGUUUGGAGGUGCGGGGUUUAUGGUUUUGGAGAAGUAG